UCUCAUACCAGGAACUACUAGAUUUUCAGCCGUAGAAAUUUACUUUUAUCCCUGUAACCGAAGCGAAUCACUCUUGGUGUACGAUUGCUUGAACGGAGAAAGGCGACGCACCGACGAAACCAAUCAAAACAAUAUCAAUUAAUUAAUACCAAGCCGCGUUUUACGUUUUGGAUAUCAUCUUGUCAACACUCAAUUAUAAACUGGAUAUCGAACAGCACGAACUGGAUAGUCAAGGAAACAUGUUGCAGUUUCCUAAGAAAAUUAACAUUGGAAAUAUAUGUUCUUCAGAUACGCAUCAUUUGCCUACCCAACAACCAACGAAAAGCAUUCCUGUUGUUGAACCAUUCGAAAAAUGUUACCUGGUCGGAAAACAGCUCGGAUAUGGUGGCUUUGGCGUUGUUCAUGACGGAAGAAGAAUAUGCGACAACAUGCCUGUGGCGAUCAAACACAUUGCAAAAUCCAAAGUCAAAGUUUGGGGACAGUUGAACGGUCGUCCAGUACCAAUGGAAAUCGUUCUUAUGGAAAGGAUAGUCCCCAACAAACAAAUUAUAAAGCUUCUUGACUGGUAUGAACGACCCGAUGGCUACAUUAUUGUCAUGGAAAAGCCUGAACCUUGUCAAGAUUUAUUUGAUUUUAUAUCAGAGAAAAAAUAUCUCGAUGAAGAUCUGGCACGAACAUUUUUUUGGCAGGUUUUACAAGCUAUUGACCACUGUCACAAAUGCGGAAUAGUUCACAGAGACAUCAAAGAUGAAAAUUUAAUCGUCGAUUUAAGCACAUAUACAUUAAAAUUGAUAGAUUUCGGAUCUGGUGCUUUCCUCAAGGACACAGUAUACACCGAAUUUGAUGGUACAAGGGUAUACAGCCCGCCGGAGUGGGUCAGAUGUCACCGUUACCACGGACGAUCCGCCACAGUUUGGUCGCUAGGCGUACUACUCUACGAUAUGGUCUGCGGAGAUAUUCCAUUCGACAAAGACGAAGAAAUUAUCAGAGCAGAUGUCCAAUUCACGAGGCCGAUUUCACCAGAAUGUCAAAAUCUUAUCAAAAUGUGCCUGUCAUUGAGACCAUCAGAUCGACCCACAGUUGAAAAGAUCAUGAUUCAUCCCUGGGUUCUCAAAGGGGAUUUCAUUUCGAGGCAUUGUGAAAUCAGUGGUAACCACAUCAGAACGACGUCCGAAAGCUCAGACGGCAAUAGCGCCACCGAGAGCAAUGAAAGCUUAUGAUAAAGACAUAGUCGGAUUUAUUUUGAACCUUUUGCCCACACUGCUAUUUAUUACCUGUUUUACCAGUUCUUCUUUUAUUUUAUUUAUUUAUGAUAUCAACUAUUUAUUGCCAUGAUGGAGAAGUCAUCUGAAUUCAGAGUGAAAUAACUCUUACGUCGACCUCACGAUGGCCGAAAGAACCAGAAUUGGCCUGUUCGCAAAGUCGAACGAAAACGAAAGCUAUAAACUUUGUUAUUACAAAAGUCUGAGUACGGAUACAUAUACACACCCGAAUCCAGGAAACGCAUAUUCAACAGGACGGUAUCAUCAACUUUCAGGGAGUUAGAACUGCAUUGACCAAUAACAAUGCAAUAUGUACAGAAAUCGGCUAUGACGCAGAUAUUGUUUUAUUCAUUAAAUAUUUGUUUUGAAGCACUUCCGUAGUAGUACUGCCUACUGCGGGUGCCACCAAAGUCGCAAAUGCGCAUUCGUUACCACCAAAAGGUCGUUAUGCAACAAACCGAUCCCGUUAAAUCUGAGUUAAAAGUCAUCGCCGGAUUACAUCAAUCCAUGCGUUAUUAGUAAGUUAUUGCUUUAUUCUAAUUUUGCGCCGACAAACUACACCGUUGUCUGAAAUUAAUUAAUUGUGAGCAACGGCGGUUUGAUAUUGAUCCUCGACAGAUAGCGAAUUAGGAUUUUAAUUUCAAAUGGCCGAACUCUAUUCGCCGUAUUUCACCUUUAAAAAAUGAAUACCCAGAUUCCCCCCAUGAAAUGUGCUAUAUCGUGCUAUAUGUUUUCUGCUUUUAAUAUUAUCUUUGUUGUUAUUUUUAUGUUUUAAACAAGCUUGUAUUUAUUUAUUUUUUGGUCUAUUAUGUGCUGUACGCUUCCUUACUAUUUUACAACUGUAAUUUUUCUCUUUGUCUUAUUACUUGUGUUUUUUUUUUGGUAUUUAUUUAUUCUUUAUUUAUUCAAGUCCUGUCCCGUCAAUGCGUGUUUGCAUGUGAAUCAUUGUUAUCUUUAUUUAUUUAAAUGUCGAAUAUGGCCACAGAUUUAGCAUCACCUGUAGUUCUAUUAUUUCGAGAUCCAAACUGGUUAAAAUCCCUAACAGUAACCAAAAUAUAAAUAUAUAUAGUCGUAAUAUCAAGAUCCAACAAUGCAUUUUGAAUAUAUUAAACCAUAUUUAUCUUCUUUGUUGUGAAAUGAAAAUACAUAUCAUUUAAUUGUCCCUGGUUGGUUCAUUGUCUAUUUUGCUUCAUCUCUUUCCUUCAUGAUUAUCUAUUUAUUUUUGUCUCUAUUAACUUAUGAUUUUUAGUGUUAUUGUAUUAUUGUAUUGUUAAUAUUACCAUCUGAUGUUGUUGGUAAUACUCACUCGAUGGUUGGUAAUCAACGGGUUAAAUUCAGUCGAUUUUUUUGAGCUAUUUUAUCCCAUAUCGACUUUAUUUCUUAACCUGUUGAUUACUAACAUCGAAUGCUUUUUGUUGCCGGCCAACGUUACUAGAGCAUAAUAUUAUGUAAAAUAUUUCGUGUUUGGUUGAUUAUUUAUUUACUAUUUAUUAUUUGUUAGUCUCGUGUUUGGUCAUAAAUAACACCAAAUUAUGGUACUUUGUUCGGCUUUGACCCCAUUCCAAUAAUAAUGUGCCCUUACUUUACAACGUUAUGGUUUGUGAAAAUUUUCAAAAAUAACACAAGUUUUAUGGUGCUUUAAAAGAAUAUCAAAAUUUGCCAGUAUCCUUGCCUCUAUCGCCCAAUCAAAUCUGAUACAACGUUUUGUUUGGCUUCCAACAGGCGGGAAUUUUUUUGUUGAUUUUGGAACAAAUUUUGAGCGGUGCUACCUCGUGUGUAUAUUUUGGGUUUUGUAUUUUCCAUUCCCGAGCAUUAAAUUGUUUUACCAUCAGAUUUUACUGCGUCAAGUAAAUUGUUUUUGGCUCGAACUGAAACCAAAUAACAAUUUCAGUUUUUAGGAAUUACAAAAACAUGCCUUUCUCUUUUUUUGCAUGUCGUGCGAAAUUAAUAAAAGCAUACGCAAUAAAAAGAACUUUCGAUAAGUAAA